AUGUCGGAACAGCAGGACACCUCCUCCGAACACACAUCCAAACGAGGAAACAAUCCGAAAUACAGAGGCGGUUCAAAGAAGAAUAGCCACAGUUCGAGCAGUAACGGACUAUCAACAGAGUUGAAGCAGAAGUUUCAGACUUUGACUGAGUUUUUCCCAGAUUGGUCGUUUCAAGAUUUCGUUACAAUUCAAGAAGAGAUUGCUAACGUGGACAUAACCGAGAUCUCGGAAGGUAUACUAACGGGAAAGAUACAGAAAUGGGACCAAGUUGUCAAGAAAGAGGAAAAGAAGAAAGCUGUGCAAGCCGAAGAGCACGAGGAUUCCACAGCUUCGUUCCAAGUGCAACCUGGGAAGAAAGCUCACCAGCAGGCUAGAUUCACCGGCCCGAAGCCAAGACAAGUUCAUAGACAGAAAGAUACGACACCCUCCGCAUCCAAGGUGUCUAAACAGGCUGCUCCGUCUGCUACGACCACUGCUUCCGCUCAUGCUCCUCAACCCGCCUCCUCUCUACCUUCUGAUGGCUCUUCGUGGGCCAGUGCGCUAGCCCAGAAGCCUGCCAAGGCUACCAAAGUGGCUCCGAAGGAAGAAGAGGUCGCUGUUGAGGCUCCAAUUGAACAGAAACCUGUCGAAACCAAGGCAUCUACUAAAGAAUCAUCCAAGAAGAAGGAGCCUGUGGCUGCUUCUGCACCAGCUUCUGCUCCGAACUCCAAGCCGCUCAGUUGGGCAGCUGCCGUGGCACCAAAGCCAAAGAUUGCGAAAAGACCGGCUCAAGAACCAAAGAAAGAAGAGCCAGUUGUUCCUGAACCAGAGACCGUGGCGGAACAAAAGCCAGUUGUCGCCGAGCCACCAAAAGAGCCAGCGGCAUCAAGAUCUUCCAAGAAGGCUGCCCAGGCUGCCCAGACCGCUCCUGUGGUGCUUCCAUCGUCCACCAGCCAGGUUGGUUCCGUUGACGGAAUUUCGUUCGGUUCCAUGUCCUUGAACGAUAAGGAAGAGACCAAAGUGCCAGAGUCGCAACCUGCUCAACCUGAAUAUAAUAAGGAGUACAGAAACAACAACACCAACUUCCAGCAACAACAACCCCAACAGCAGCAACAACCACAACCAAAGGCAUACGAUCAGUCGAACUACUACGGCGGUCUCUCCGAUCUCAACAACUACCUUCGGUCGCCAGCUGCUGCCAAUGGCCAGUCUUACGACCAGCAACAGUACCAGCAAUUGUUCAACCAGCAACAACAGCUUUUGCAACAGCAACAGGCCUUUGCCGGAUCCAACACUCACGAGAUCAACUCGCAAUCCCCUGUGCCUAACACCAUCAACCCUCAGGCUUCUCAGGUGCAAGGUGGUGCUACCGGACAGGUUGCUCCUGGAAUCAAUAACCCAAUGAUGGGCAUGCCAGCAUCGUACUACCCAUACUUCAACUACUACUUGCCAUUCUACUCCCAACCAAACCCUGCUGCCAACCAAUUCUACAUGAACUACCAAUCUCAACAGUCUCCAUCGCAGGCUGCUCCUCAGCAGCAAAACAGCUUUGGAAACUCAUUCCAGAACAAGAUCUACGGCAACCCGCAGGCAACUGCUAACGGCGGUGACGACGAGGCCGCCAAAGCUGCAGCUGGCGCUCAAGCUGGCCAACAGCAGGUCAACCCAGCCAUGCUGAUGCAACAACAGUAUGCCCAAUACCAACAACAGGCUAGCGGCUCGCAGGCUGCUGCUGCACCAGGCUUGGCUGGCUCCCAGAUUGGCGGUGUGGCCGCUGGAAACACCACGCCAGGCAUUGCCAACGCCCAGGCCUACCCAUACUACCAGAACCAAUACCAGUACCCAGGAGCUGCCGACUACAGCAACAAUUCCAAGGGCUGGUUCUGA